CAAGGAAGUUGCAGGUGGUAAUAGCCAGUCCACUGCAAAGCCAGUUCUAUAUCUCCUGCCUGAUAGCCUCAUAUGACUAAAAUCAUGUCAAGAUCGAGCAUAUCUCUCUGGAUCACACUGUUGCUAUGUGCAGGAGUUUGCAGUGAGGAGAAUAUUAAUGGCUGUGAUAUGAACCCAUGCGUGAAUGGUGGAGUGUGUGAGGACCAGAAUGGAAAUUACAAAUGCCACUGUUCCCGAGAUAGCCAAAAAGGUCCCCUCUAUGGAGGGCCAAACUGCACGGUAGUGCUGAUGGGUUGUGAACUCCACUGGUGCCAGAAUGGUGGCACUUGUUAUCCAUACUUGAGUAAAGGAAGACAUAGAUACAGCUGUAUCUGUCCUGUGGGUUUCAUCGGAACAAAGUGCCAGAUGUCCACCACCUUCUCAUUUGAGAAGAGUGGGUUUAUGCAGAUCCAGACCAACCUCAGAAAUGUUUUCGAACCUUUGAAUAUAACUCUGAGUUUUCGCACAUUGCAGGCAGCAGCUACAUUGCUCCAAUGCCACGUUGAAGAUCAGCUUCUCGUGCUGGAAUUAGUGGAUGGGCAACUAUGGCAUACAUUACAGAGAGUUCAGGACACUAAAGUGAUUCUACUAAAGCUCCCAUUGAUGGUUUCUGAUGGCCAGUGGCACACAGCGAAGGCCUCACUGUACAACAGCAUGCUUCAACUGAGUCUUAAAGACCCAUCUUGCCCUGGGAACACAUGUGACAUGGAAGUACAGGUAGAGAAAGUAGAACCAGAAUUAGGUUCAGGUCUGUCUGAGUUGACUGUGAUCCAGAAUAUCUACAUUGGUGGAACAGGAGAACAUGAGAACGCUUCACACUUCCUGGGAUGUAUGCGAGACGUGUGGCUGGAUUCACAUGUGGUAUUGCCGGGUUCAGGGCCCUGGGCUCCAAUUAAGCAGUUAAAUGUGAAACAGGGCUGCAGUGAAGGGGACAGCUGCAAGGAAAACCCAUGUCAGAACAGAGGCAGAUGUGUCAAGACAGGAUGGAGGAGUUUCAGCUGUGAAUGUCAUCAGCCUUAUGAGGGUGAACACUGUCUAGAUGAGUAUGUCACUGCAAGGUUUGGAAAUGAAGAUUUGAAGAGCUACGCUAUGUUCUCAGUGGAAGAGACCCCAGGUGACAGUAUUACAGUGUCCAUGUUUGUGCGUACACGCCGAACCCAGGGGCUUCUGCUGGUCCUCUCCAACAGUACCAGUCAAUAUCUUCGUGUAUGGCUAGAUGCUGGAAAGGUUAAAGUUCAAAUAAACAACUUUGAAAGUCUGCUUGGAAAGGAAACAGUCAGCGAUGGUCACUUUCAUCUCAUAACUGUGCUUGUGGAAACAGAAUCCCUAACCCUGUUUCAGUCUGCUAAGAGCCAAGGUCGCAUCUCCACCCGCAGUGUCCUGGUCCAGGCUGGAGAUGCAGUAUAUGUUGGGGGUUUACCGGACCGGCGUGCAUCACUGGCCUUCGGGGGCUACUUCAAGGGCUGCAUCCAAGACCUGCGUUUAAACUCCAGAUGCCUGCAGUUCUACCCCAUCAGUGUCCCAGUGAGCUCCUACAGGCUCGAGAGCUUAGUAAAUGUCACACGCGGGUGUACUGGUGACAACUACUGCAGUAACAAUCCAUGUUUGAAUGGCGGUGUGUGCUACUCCAUGUGGGAUGAUUUCACCUGCAGCUGCCCACCCAAUACAGCAGGACAACGAUGUGAGGAAGUCAAGUGGUGUGCGCUGUCUCCAUGUCCCUCCACUGCCAUAUGUCAAGCACACAGUCAGGGUUUUGAAUGUGUGGCCAAUGUGAGCCUUGGAGGAGACAGCCCCUUAAUCACCUAUCGUGGCAAUGGAAAAAUACGGCGAUACCUCAGCAGAAUUUCAAUAAAUUUCCAAACCAGGCAGCAGAAUGCUACUCUGCUGUACGCAAAGCAGGAUUCAAAGUUCAUUACCAUUUCAAUCCAGAAUGGACACCUGCUUUUAGAGCUGCAGGGGGAAAAAACAACCUCCUUCACAAGUGUACAAGGCCUAGACCUGGUUAGUGAUGGCCAGUGGCACAGAGCAGACUUCAGCAUGGACAGCCCAGCUCUAGAGGCAUCCCAAUGGAGAAUGGUUUUGGAUGAACACUGGGACAAGCCCACCAUCUCCUUUUCGGACUCAGGAGAUCUGGACUUCCUGCGAGAAGAUGUGGACAUCUUCUUGGGGGUCUUAGGAUCAGAUUUUGGGGAUAACUUAGCUGGCUGUCUGGGUUUGGUGGAAGUUGGAGGUCUUACAUUGCCAUAUUACAGUGACACAGAGAUGAACCUGCCCAGACCACAGGAAGAACAGUUUCUACGAACAUCUGGCACUCCCCACCUUGGCUGUUGGGGAUCCAAUGUCUGUGAGCCUGACCCCUGCCAGAACGGAGGGAUAUGUGAAGAUUUGUUAAAACUUUUCAAGUGCCAUUGCCCAUCUGAUUGGGAUGGUCAAAGGUGUGAGUUCAGUGUCAACUAUUGCACCUCUAACCCUUGUGUUCAUGGAACCUGCAGAGUUGUCUCAGGAGGAUACGAGUGCUCAUGUGAUGUGGGCUACACUGGCCAACGCUGUGAAUUGGAGGUUGACGUAUGCGCCCACCACAAGUGCAGUAAUGGUGGAACAUGUCUCAGAGGUUUGAAACGCUAUGCGUGCCUCUGUCCAAGGGACACAACAGGACCUUACUGCAGAGAGAGAGUCCCAGAACUUCCAUGGUAUAUCAACAGGUUUCUAUACCCAAAACUUCCUGUGUCAGUCUGUGGGAAUGAGAAAUGGAAAUAUAGUUGCUUUAAUGGUGGGAAUUGCUCUUCUGUGCAGGAUAAUUGUGACUGUCUACCUGGAUUUACUGGACAAUGGUGUGAGAUGGAGGUGGACGAAUGUGCAUCUGACCCCUGCCUUAAUGGAGGCUUCUGCCGUAACCUGAUCAACAGGUUCCAUUGUGUGUGUGAGAUGAGCUUUGCAGGGGAUCACUGUCAGAUAGACGUCAGUGAUUUCUACAUCUAUGUGUUCCUGCUGCUGUGGCAGAACAUCUUCCAGCUGUUGUCAUAUCUCAUCCUGCGUUUAGAUGAUGACCCAGAGAUUGAAUGGAAUGCUGCCAAUGAUGACUAGGACUAAAAAACAGAACUUUUUCUUGGACACUGUAAGAUGUGGGUUAAUGAUCAAUGGACACAAAACACAAAGGCCUUUAACAUUUAUUAGAGGUCAUUAUGGGUGAUCAUAAUUGUGUGUUAUUCUAGAGCGUUCUGGAAAACUGGUGGUUCGCAACCCAAAUUUGAGUCACAGGUAUGUUCUGAUAAGGUCUAGGACAGCAGGGAAAAAGAACAAUGCUAAAUGAAAAUAAUUAAAUGCCACCAACCACAUAAGUGUACAUUGGUGUAGGAUCACAAAAUAAAUAGGCAUAUCAACUUUUAAAAGGGAGGUUAAAAUUCUUCCAAAUGCUUUUUUUAAUCCUUUGUUGUUGAUGUCAAAAGCUGGGUGUCUAAUAAAACUGUUUGCAGACUUUUUGUAUUUUAGUCACUUUGUUUAAGAUCACCAAAUUAUGCCUAAUUUAGAUAUAGACAGAUUGGGGAAACAUUAAAGGAGUAGUUCACCCAAAAAUGAAAAUUUGCUGAUAAUUUACUCACCCAGUUUCUUUCUUCAUCAAAACAGAAUUUAAGAUUUUUAAGGACCCAAACGAUUGAUUAUUUUUAGAAACAAAACAAUACUUAUAUACUUUUUAACUACAAAUGUUCACUUCCAUACAUCUUUGUGACGCACGCUCAUGAGAGGGAUGACGUAAGCUCGUUGGUAAGGUCAGGCGUCACAUGGAGGAGGAGGCAGGAAGCGCGUCAUUGUUUACAAGAGGAGCGCUGUACAAAAGUUUAAUUGUCUUUGCUGUAGAUUUGUUUAUUUACCUGUCUGUAUUUACUCUUGAUCUUUGUCGAUAUCUGUUUAGUGUUUACCCUGUUGUUUCGCCUGUUACCUCUUCUUCAGUUUGUGAAGCUUCUCUUCUGUACCAUUAAUCUCACUGUGUAAAUCCUGUGAAUCUCAGUAAAUGCUCUCGCACUUGGUUUCACUAACUAUAACUUGUGUGGCUUGAAUUCCUGACAGUCAUAUAGCCUAUACAUUUCUGCUAAAGAAAAAGCACAAGUAGAUAACACAACGGCAUUCAGAAGAAAUGUAUUUAUCGACUGGAGUCGUGUGGAUUAUUUUGAUGCACCCUAAAUAUGCAUUUUGGACUGUCAAAAAAUGGAGUACAUUCACUUGCAUUGUAUAGAGGAGGAGGCCUGAAAUGAAAUCCUAAAAAUCUUUCUUUUGAUAAAGAAAGAAACUCUUGGAUGGCCUGAGGGUGAGUAUUAUCAGCAAAUUUUCAUUUUUGGGUGAACUAUUCCUUUAAUCUGGACUUUAGCCUAGUGCCCCAGACUCCCAGGAGACCCCCCAUUUGCAGGCCCCAUGGUACCUUAAUGCAACUCUGGUUGCAUGAUAUUCCCUUUUCUUCAAAAACCAUGAACAAAAUAUGGUUUCACUUACAGCGAAGAUAAACACUGUUUGUGCAACCAAAUUGUGUUUUGUGUGGUGAAUUAUUGGCUGCCAACAGCAUGAAAUCAUAAAAAAUUAAGAGAUAUUUAGAAAACAAAACACUCAAAUUUAAAGACAGGCCUAUCACAGUGUUAAUAAUUUCGCAUAUUUUGGGGUCUAUAUGCAGUUCAUGGUAAUAUUAAUAAAUGUCAUUGUUUGAAUUUGAGGACAUUUUUAUUUAUUUUUGUACAAUAACAAUUUUGGCACUGUGUUGGGUCGUCAUGUGAUGUGCAAUGUAAAAUUUGGGUCUCAAAGAAAAACCAGUUGAGAACCAUUGGUUUAAUAAACCUUCUAUAAAACAACACAGGUCUGUACACAUCUGUAGUGUCUAACAAUGGCCUGUUUUGUGCCUUGGUUUUCUAAUAAAUAGCUAUUUUAGAAAAUGUUCUCAA